GUCCUCACAGUGGGCGACUACGACGGCGUGCUGCUGCAGCUGCACAUCGCUUCGGGUCAUCAACUGGCUGACGUGGAGGCCCACGACGGACGCAAGAUAUGGUCUGUCGCGCACUCCUGUCGUACACCGCACCUGGUAGCAUCUGCAGCCGAUGACCGCUGCGCGAGGCUAUGGGCGGGGCGCGGUCUGUCGCAAUGCAUCGCUAGUGUGCAGCCCAACCCACGCGCUGCAGUGUGCAGCGUAGAUUUCUCGCCCGCGCGCGAUCACCUGCUGGCGUUGGCGUGCUCGGACCGUACGGCGUACGUGUACGACAUGCGGAGCCUGGAUCGCGGGCCGCUGGCUACAUUGCGGCACCAUGCAAGACCGGCAAGCUAUUGCCGGUUUCUUGGGGGAGAUCGACUGGUGACAGCGGCGACCGACUCGUCAUUGGCACUGUGGGAUUUAUCAGAGGCGGUUCCGGCGGUUUUCCAGGGCCAUCGCAACGAGAAAAACUUCGUGGGACUUUCCGUACGAGCUGCGGACGGGCUGCUGGCGUGCGGUUCAGAGUGCAGCCGGGCAUUCGCUUACCAUUCCUCCUGGUCAACCCCCCUG